AUGACUAUAGAGACAAUAGAAGAAGUCCGUAAGCGUAACUACAAUUCGAUUAAGGUGUUGUUUGGGGUAUCCUUUGCGUUGGGUGUAAAUUUGACUGCGCCCAGCAAAUUCAAAGAUUCAUUGAAAAUCAUCAAUGUGAUUUUGGUAGUGAGCAGUACUCUAUCCUUGUAUGCCCAUUGGUGCUACCUAGUGAGGCAUUUUGACAGCAUUCCACUCAUAGCUGAGACUGUUUGUACGGCGUUGCAAACCCUCAUCUCCACUUUUAAAUUGGUCUAUUACCUAUUCACACAACGUACUUUCUAUCGCUUAGUGGACCAGGCUCUAACACAUGAAGUCAUACGCAAAAUAGAAAUAUUUCAAUACGAUUUUCCCAUAAACAACCAAUUGCAGCAAGAGAUCGAUGAUAUUAUGAAAGGUGUUUGGCGCAACACUCGCCGGCAGUUAUUAUUUUACUUUAGCACUUGUGUAGCCAUUCUGUGUAACUACUUUUUUGGUGCCUUAUUCGUAAAUCUUUACCAUCAGCUAAAGCAAACACCCAAUUACGUGCAUAUCCUACCCUUUCCUGCUCUCUAUCCUUUUUGGGAAGAUAAGGGUAUGGCAUUCCCUUAUUAUCACAUACAAAUGUAUAUGAGCGGCACUGCUAUAUAUAUCGCAGCCACAUGUGCGGUGAGUUUCGAUGGCGUCUUUCUAGUUCUAUGCCAGCAUGCCGUCGGAUUGCUAAAGGUUUUCAACUUACUGGUACUAAGAGCCACCUCGCCGCUGAUACCUGCUGACAGGCGUAUUGAAUAUCUGCGUUAUACCAUUUUCACAUACCAGCGAAUAGCUAAGUAUGUGGAUCAAAUUCAAGCCAUUUUCAGACAUAUCAGCUUGUCGCAAUUCGUUCUCAGUUUGAUAGUAUUUGGGUUUGUUCUAUUCGAAAUGAGUUUUGGACUAGAAUCCAGUGUAACAAUCUUCAUAAGAAUGAUUAUGUAUUUAAUGGCAGCAGGAACACAAAUCGUGCUAUAUUGUUACAAUGGCCAGCAGCUAACGAUUGCGAGCGAGCAAAUUCCAAUAUCAUUCUACAGCUGUAAUUGGUAUGAAGAAACGGAAAAGUUUAAACAACUUGUACGAAUGAUGAUUAUGCGAACUAAUCGACAUUUUUUUUUGGAAGUCUCAUGGUUUACUUUUAUGAAUUUGGCCACUUUGAUUGCUCUAUUCAGAAUGAGUGGUUCAUACUUUUUGUUGUUGCGCAACCUUCAAGAAAAUUAA